AUGGAGCCCGAGCAUACCGCGUUCUCAAUGACAUCGCCUUCUACAGAUCUAGAAGCCAAAAAGGAAACAGCGGAUUUUGGCGAGCCAAAGUCAUUCAUCCACGAAUCUGCAUUUGUUACAGUCGUCUGCACUGCACAGCUCAUGACCCAGGCUGGCCUUUCUCUCUCGAUCGCACCUCUCCACAUAAUUAGCGCGAGUUUCAACAGCACUCCGAGGGACUUGACAUGGGCCUCCGCCGCGUACAGUCUGACCGUUGGAACAUUCAUCUUUGUAUCAGGGAGACUGGGCGAUGUAUAUGGCCACCGGUUAUUGUUCAUCAUAGGCUUUCUGUGGUUUGGCGUGUGGUCUAUCCUGGGAGGAUUUUCCGUUUGGUCAAACCCAAUCUUCUUCGAUUGCUGUCGUGCAUUCCAGGGUAUCGGGCCUGCUCUCCUGCUGCCAAAUGCAGUUGCAAUUCUAGGCAGAUCGUACCCGCCUGGGCGUCGGAAGGGAAUGGUAUUUUGCCUCUUCGGAGCUGUAGCGCCAGGUGGAUUCACCUUGGGUGCGACAUUUUCCUCCUUGAUCGCUGAACGGUUAUGGUGGCCUUGGGCAUACUGGAUCAUGGGCAUUGCCUGUUUCAUCUUUGCAGUACUUGGAUUCCUCGUCAUUCCGUACGUACAGCAAGAAAAACCGCACCCUGAGCUCUCCACGUAUGAACGAUUAGAUGUGCGAGGUGCUGUCACAGGAGUUAGCGGGCUGAUAUUGAUCAACUUCGCGUGGAAUCAGGCCGCAGUCGUGGGAUGGGAAGUUCCUUACACCUACGUGCUGCUCAUCGUUGGGAUCUUGACCAUGGGCGUGUUCUUGCUUUGGGAGCGCAAAGCAGCCUAUCCGUUGCUGCCACGGGCUCUAUUCAAAGGUGAGGCUGGGUGGGUGCUCGGCUGCCUUGCAGCCGGGUGGUCCAGUUUCGGUAUCUUGGUAUUCUAUUACUACAACAUUCUUGAAAACUUGGAGGGAAAUAGCGGCUUACUGGUAACGGCCAAAUGGGCUGGCGCUUCUGUAUCUGGAGCUUGCGCUGCCGUGGUGACUGGCUUGCUCCUCGGUCGAGUCCCUGCAAGCAUCAUCAUGUUCAUCGCGAUGCUGGCAUUCUCUGCAGGCCAGGCACUACUGGCAUCCAUGCCAAUAGGACAGACCUAUUGGGCCAAUGCAUUCGUGAUAAUGUUGGUCACACCAUGGGGGAUGGAUAUGUCCUUUCCAUCCGGAAUCCUGAUUUUGAGUGAUACAAUGCCCCAGAGAGACCAAGGGGCCGCCGGCUCACUUGUGAAUACGGUCGUGAAUUAUUCAAUCUCGAUGGGGCUCGGCUUCGCCGGCAUAGUUGAGAGAUAUGUGAACCACGAUGGAGGAGAUGUUCUCAAGGGAUAUCGGGGAGCCACAUAUAUGGGCGUUGGCCUUGCAGGCCUCGGUACGAUGAUCGCAACUUGUUUCAUGUUUGUGACCUGGAAAACGUCUAGAAAUGGAUCUCGGUAG